CUAUCGUUAAUCAAGUAGCCUUCAGGUCGCGUUCUAUUUUCAAUUUUUCACUUUCUGGUUCAAGCGUCAAAUCACAAAAAUUUUCGUUUUUACCUUCCAAAAUCCCUAUUGUGUCCAAGUAAGAAAGAAGAAAUGGAAGCGAGAAAGGAAGAAUUCCGUAAAUAUUUAGAAGAAUCGGGUGUCAUCAGUGCGUUGACCAAAGCGAUCAUAAAAUUGUAUGAAAUGAAGUACGAUCGACCGGAAAGUGCCGUAGCAUUCAUCCAACAGCAUUUGGUGGACAGUUCUCCCUCCUUAACCGAAUAUCAAAAUGUUUUGAACGAAUUGGAAGAGAGCCGGGCGAGAAUUGCAGCGCUCGAAAGAGAACUGGACGGAAAAGCGGGGAUGGCAACGAUGGCAACCGAUAUGUGUCCACUGGAAAAGCUGCACAACAACCCUGACUGUAAAUCCCUGUUAAAAGCUCACCUCACCACCGACUUGUUCGAAAAGCUCAAAGACAAGAAAACUGCUACCGGCAAAACGCUACACGAUUGCAUCAAUUCGGGACUGAUGCAGCCCAAAUCAUCGGUGGGAAUUUAUGCGGCCGAUCAUGAUGCCUACGACAUUUUCUGCGAAAUAUUCGAUCCGAUUAUCGCGGACUAUCACAAAUUUCCUGCUGAUCAGAGUCAUCCACCGGGCGAUGGUUGGGCCGGUGAUGAUUCACUGUUCGUUGAUUUAGAUCCGAGUCCGGAUCAUCAGUACAUUAAGUCGACACGAAUUCGAUGCGCCCGGUCCAUGGAAAAUUUCCCGCUUAAUCCGGGAAUGAGCGAAAAAGAUUAUUCCGAUUUGAUGACGCAGGUGACCGACGUUCUAGCUACGUUAAGUGGUGAUCUGAGCGGUAAAUUCUAUCCACUGGAGGAAAUGGAUCCGGCCGACGAAGAGAAAAUGAUUCGAGACCAUCAACUGUUCAAAUCUGGAGACGAACACUUGAGAGACGCUGGUGCGCUGAAUCAUUGGCCGAAAGGUCGUGGAAUCUAUAAAAAUGCGACGGACACAUUUCUGGUUUGGGUCAAUGAGGAAGAUCAUUUGCGUUUCAUUUCCAUGGACCAGAGUGGUGACAUCCAGAAAACGUACAACCGUUUGAAGGAGGCCGUCACACAAUGCUCCAAUUCCUUGAAGUUCAAACGACACGAUCGUUUGGGAUGGAUAACAUUUUGCCCCACCAAUUUGGGAUCAUCGAUCCGGGCGUCGGUUAUGAUCCGUUUGCCGAAUUUAGCAGCCAAGGGGAACCUGAAUGAAAUUGCGGACGAAUACCAUUUGCAGAUUCGUGGGACGCACGGCGAGCAUUCGGAAACUGUCGAUGGACUGUACGAAAUUUCGAAUAAACGAAGAUUGGGCAUAACGGAAUUCGAUGCGGUGAAGGAAAUGUAUGACGGUAUCAAAGCACUGUUGGAGGCCGAAAAAUUGGGAGCGCCGAACAAUGAUGAAGCGACUGUGUAAGAGACUAGACAAAAAAUAAAUUUAUUGAACUGUC